AUGGCAUCCUCGGCUCCCCAGCAUUUUCCUGACCGCCCUCAAUUCUCAGACUUCAUGAAGCCGUGCCGAUUUGAGGGAGAGGUGCGCCACUUGGAAGUGCAUGGGGAUCUCCCCAAUGACAUUGACGGUACUUUCUACCGUGUCAUGCCUGAUCCUCAGUUCCCCCCUUUUAUUGAAAAUGAUCCUUGGUUCAACGGAGAUGGGAAUGUCAGCGCAUUCCGUAUCAAGAAUGGUUCUGUGACCUUCCAGCAAAAAUAUGUUCGCACUGAGAAGUUCGUCCGCGAGAAGGAAGCCGGUCGCGCGCUUAUUGGGAAGUAUCGGAACAAGUUCACUGAUGCGGUAGAGUUUGCUGUCAGAAGUACUGCGAAUACCAAUAUCGUCAGCUUCAACAACCAGCUCUUGGCUCUCAAGGAGGAUUCUCCUCCAUAUGCUAUGGAUCCGGAAACGCUGGAAACAAAGGGUUUAUAUACCUUCGAUGGUCAGCUUCCUAGCGUGACUUUCACGGCCCAUCCAAAGACUGAUCCAGUGACUGGAGAAUUAAUUUGCUUUGGGUAUGAAGCGAAGGGAGACGGCACUCCGGACAUUUGUUAUUACACAAUCGGUCCCGGUGGCGAUUUUACUCAGACUUUGUGGCUAGUGAGCCCUGUCUGUGGAAUGAUACAUGACUUCGCGGUGACGCAGAACUGGGUUCUUUUUCCUGUGAUGCCCCAGUUAUGCGAUCUCGAAAGGAUGAAGCAAGGUGGAGAACAUUGGCAAUGGAGCCCUGAGACUCCCUUCUAUAUCGGGGUAAUCCCCCGCUACGGUGCCAAAUCAUCCGAUGUCAAGUGGUUCACCUACAAGAACUCAUUCCCUGGCCAUACGGCUAAUGCCUAUGAGCAGAAUGACGGCAAGAUUGUCUUCGAUCUCGGACUGAGUGACAAGAAUGUCUUCUAUUGGUGGCCCGAUGCUCAGGGAAACUCGCCCGAUCCUGCGACGAUCCAUAGCCAACUAACACGUUUUACCGUGGACCCAAAAGCCAAAGAAGGAAGCCUUCCUGAACCAGAGGUUCUGCACGAUGGCAAUUCAGAAUUUUAUCGCAUUGAUGAACGAUUUUCUGGAAGGAAGUACCGCCAUAGCUACUUCGACCUCAUGGAUCCCCGCUUAGGGACCGACUUCCCAGCAAUCGGCCCGGUCAUGGGUGGCGGAUAUCCUCCCUAUAAUGCGCUGGCACAUCAUGACGGAAGCACGGGCGAAACAGAAGUCUACUUUCCGGGGCGCACACAUCUGGUUCAGGAACCUGUUUUUAUCCCACGGGCCGGCUCUGCAGAUGAAGGCGACGGAUAUUUGCUGGCCUUGGUGAAUAACUAUCGCACCAUGUCCAGUGAAUUGCAUCUUCUAGACUGUCGAGACUUCAGCAAGGCCCGAGCUACUAUCUUACUUCCUAUCAGACUGAGGGCUGGUCUGCACGGGAAUUGGGUUGCCAAUUAA